GAUUUGAACAUCUCUUAUUUUGAAGGCCCCACCGGAAUCAGCGGCGUGCCCUCCUCGCCAGCUUGCCGCAGCAGUUGUGAUGUUAGCCUGUUUACUUGGACGCUCCUAGCUUGUUGCCCCUCUGCCCCGGUAACAGCCUCCAGUUCCCCCCGAGGAAACCAUGGCCGAGCCGGCCCCGGGAUCCGCUCCGUCGCCACAACAUGACGAGGUGCUGCAGCAGCGAGUGGCAGCUCUGGAGCAGGAGAGGGUCGAGUUCAUCAAACUCAAACAGCAGCUCGAGGCCGAGUUCAACCAGAAACGAGCCAAGUUUAAAGAUAUUUUUUUGCUGAAGGAAGAGGAGUGGAAGAGGCAGACAGCGGCGCUGGAGGGGGCCCACGCUGAGCUGAGCGCCGUCCAGAUCCAGCUGACUCAGGCCCAGUCUGAGAUCGAGAACAUCCAAGCUGUGGCCACUGUGUCGGAAAACACCAAACAGGAAGCCAUCGACCAGGUCCGCAGCCAGUGGCAGGAGGAAGUGGCCUCACUGCAGGCCAUCAUGAAAGAAAGCGUGUGUGAAUACGAGGUCCAGUUCCACCAGCGCUUGGAUCAGGAGCGAGCCCAGUGGAACCAGUACCGCGAGGCGAUGGAGCGGGAAAUGGGAGACCUGAGACGCCGCCUCACCGUGGGCCAGGAGGAGGAAAACCUGGAGGAGGAAAUGAAAAAAGCCCAGGAGGACGCGGAGAAGCUGCGCUCGGUGGUGAUGCCCAUGGAGAAGGAGAUCGCCGCCCUGAAAGCCCGACUGACGACAGCCGGGGAGCGGGUGAAAGAACUGGAGGCCUCGAAGGUCAAAGAGCUCAAUCACGUUCUGGAGGCUGAGAAGUCGUGUCGUACGGACCUGGAGAUGUAUGUGGCCGUGUUGAACACACAGAAAUCUGUCCUGCAGGAAGACGCAGAGAAACUACGCAAAGAGCUGCAUGAGGUCUGUCACAAGCUGGAGUUGGAGCGGCAGCAGCACAAUCAGCUGAAGCACACGUGGCAGAGAGCCAACGACCAGUUCCUGGAGUCCCAGCGCCUCCUCAUGAGGGACAUGCAGAGGAUAGAGAACGUGCUGUCAUCGGAACAACUCCGCCAGGUGGAGGAGAUGAAGAAGAAGGACCAGGAGGAAGAUGACAAGGAGCGGCUUAGCCAAGUGAACGAGAUGCAGGAGGAGGACGGGGGAGACAACACCGAGCCUUUGGAAGACUCCUUCCUCGGGCUGAGCGUCGAGGAGCCCCACGCCAACCACAGCGCUCACGGCUCGAUGCACUCUUUAGAUACUGACGUGGUGUUGGGGGGCACCAUGGACCCCUACAAAGAAAACCUGCGGCGAGUUCAGUCGACGGACAGCCUCGGCUCCUCGCUGUCUGCCCAGCAGGGCCUCGGGGGCCAGAACCACAAGGCCAAGUCGGCCAGCCACUUGGAGGAAUCAGACUUUGGGCCCCUGGUGGGAGCCGACUGCGGCGUGACAGACAGUAGUUUUGGGGAAACCUCGUCCAUCAGCUCGAUGAAGCUGACGGCGAGCCACUUCCUGCUGACAAAAGACCAGGAGAAGGCCAUCAAAGCCAUGACGCCUGAGCAGGAGGAGACGGCGUCGCUUCUGUCGAGCAUCUCCCACACGGCCAACAACGCCUACCUGCCGCCUGUAGGCUACCGGCUGGUCAGCGACAGCGAGUGGAAUCUGCUGCAGCAAGAGGUGAAAAACGCCGGCAGGAAGCUCGGCCGACGUUGUGACAUGUGCUCCAACUACGAGAAGCAGCUCCAGGCCAUCCAGGGACAAGAGGCCGAGACACGGGACCAGGUGAAGAAACUGCAGGUGAUGCUGCGUCAGGCCAACGAUCAGCUGGAGAGGACGAUGACGGAGAAACAGGCUUUGGAGGAUUCAGUCAAAGCAGGCAACGAGGAAACGGCUGCUAAGGUUGCCGCCCUGAUGCAGAGAGUCCAGGAGUCGGAGGCGCUGCUCGGAACACUACAACAAGCCUUCAGUGACGCUAAGAGGAACACGCAGGAGCAGAUGGCGGUGCUGGUGAAGUCGAGGGAGCAGGUGGCCGACGAACUGAGUCGACUACAGAGAGACAACGAGAGUCUGCAGGGAAAACACAGGCUGCACGUGGAGCUCCAGAGACAGGAAGACUUCCAGAUGCCCAAUACCGUGCAAGAGCUUCAAGGGCAGGUGCUGCAGUUGCGUGAUGACACGGUGGCGCUGCGGACGUCAGCCGAUCACAUGGAGGAGAAGCUGAAAGCGGAGAUCCUGUUUCUGAAGGAUCAGCUUCAGGCAGAGCAGUGUCUGAAGGAGAACCUGGAGGACACGCUGCAGCUGGAGAUCGAGGGCUGUAAGGAGGAGAUAGCUUCCUUCUCCAGUUUGAAGACGGAGCUGGAGCGAAUAAAAGCUGAGAAGCAACAGUUGGAGAGAAAUUUAGCAGAGAAGACCGAGACUCUGGAAAACCUCCAGGGCCUGAGGAUCAGCCUGGAGCACCGACUUAAAGAGCUGAUCACUGCAAAGAGUGCACUCGAGAUUCAGGCCCUCGACGAGAAAGACAAAGCUCAGCGGCUGCAGACGGAGCUGGACGUCAGUGAGCAGGUUCAGAAGGACUUUGUCAAACUCUCUCAGAACCUUCAGGUGCAGAUGGAGCGAAUACGACAGGCGGAGUCCUUGGACCGAAUCCGAGUCAUCCUCAACGACACCAACUUGACUGACAUCAACCAGCUUCCAGACACAUGAUGCCACUGAAUGAAAACUGCCCUCAGCUUCAUUCCCCUUCCUUUUUCUUCAUCACUGGCCCAAUAACAUUAUUGAUCUGAUGCCUCCUUCCUCCCGCCCCCAUAACCCCCCCCCACGCGUGGACGAGUUUGGAAGGAUGGGGACGGACACAGCAUGUGGAGCUCGGGGCCUUUUUGUGUAACUUAUGAAAUCAUGGAAUCACAACAAGGAAAGAAUUAUGAAGAAGAACACUACUAAAAAAAAAAUGUAAAUAACUAAAUGUGUGACUGUGGAUGGGGGGGGGUGUCCAUCUCCCUGUGGGUCUGUCUGUGUCUCGUUUCUACUGUAGAUAUGACUAUGUCUAUAUUAGGCUCAACCAAAAAGGUUUGUCGUCUUCUAAAGCACUUUUCAUCUGCGACUUCUUUUUCCAGGUAAAUAGAAAAAAACUAUUGGAUGCGUUAACUCUCCUCCUCGUGUUCUCGAAGCGCUUUGAUAAUCGCUUCCUCGUUUCACUCGCUUCUUCUUUUUCUGACGUCUCUUUUUGUUUUUUAAUUUCCUGAAGCAUUUUCCACCUUGUUCUGGUCAUUUCACCCUGUUCAACAAAAAAAAAGAAACACAAUGAAGGAUGGAAAAUACUUGCACGUAACUUAAAUAGGAUUGAACAAAAAAAAGGAACAUAACACAAAGUGAGCAAUACCAUGAAUUGUCUCUAUCCUCCUCCUCUGUGUCUUGUUUUGCUCCAUGAAGCUGCUGAAGUACAUAACGAUUUAACCCAGUUGGUUAAAUUAAGAGAUCAGAAGAAUCAGGUGUCAACAUUCAACUGUUUAAUGAAAGAAAAACUAUUUUAAUCUUAAACACACUUUACUCCUUUAAAUUAUUCACAGAUUAUUAUUUUUUUUUUAAACUGAGUUUGUCUUAUCAGGAAAAUCUAAAUCUCAAAUGAGAGAAAUAUUGAAGACCAGGCUGUAAUCACGCUGAGCUGAGGCGUCAGAGGCUCUGACGUUUCAUAUGUACAAGAUCUCUUUUGUCUUUGGACAUGAACUUUGUCUUUCACAUAUGAAGAAGGCAGCAGGAGAUUGAGCUGCUCAGACAACAACAGGCUAAUGUCAGGAACAGCGGGGGAGGGAGACGUGUUGUUGUUUACAGAACAUCGACAGUGGCUUCGGCCAUUAUCCCAAAAAACUAACUUGAAUUGUCCUCGUCUUUCCAAAUUCACGUCUUCUACGUGUUUGACUCUCAUUUUUUCAUCCUGAGAUUUUAGAAACAUCAACGCGUCCACUCGCUCGCUGUGGAUGUUCCGGAUGUUUUCCUGUUGUCUUGUCACAUGGACUUGUUGUCGUCUCAACCUGAUAAACUGAACAAGGAGAACAGACCGGAGUUCAGAUCUUAUCCACUAUCUCGACUUUCACCGCCAUAGUCAACCGCUGUGUAAAGUGGUGGAAGUUUGAGAUUUGCUGCUUUUCGGAAAAGAUACAAAAAAAUUGUACUCAACUGACAAAGAUUAACAGGAAGAUUAAAAAAUCUGUUUGAUGACCAGGACUUUGUUUAGAGACCUGAUUUAAAACUGACACGUGUGCAGCUCCUCCUUUCAUAACCCAUCUUCAAUUCAAGCAGUUUGACUAAUUGUAACAUCUAAAGCUCGGCAAGGCCAGAAUAACACAAGUGGUUUUCAUUAAGCGGCUGCACAUUCCCUCAAAAAACAUUUUGAAAUAGAAUAAAUACAUGUGUGAUUAUUGAUUCGAGUCGGGAGGAUGUGGCUUCGUUUUGAAAUGGUUCAUUACCAGCUGCUACUUUAUGUCCCCCCUUUUUUUUGUCAAAACGAGCUCAGAAAAAACAUGUUGACUUGAUUGAUUUUAAUCGAUUAAGAAAAUCUGACUACUGAGAGGAAGAACAACUCUGGAGAUGUUUCCCCUCCAACUGUUGUGAAACUCUGUACUUUCCGCGUGAGCAUUCGGAGGGAACAUUUUUUCCAAACUUCCAAAUAAGUGAGCCAUUCCCCAGGAGCCGGCAGUCACCUUGAGCUUUGAAUAAAGAUGGUGACUCAGUGCCCGGCUCUCUUUCUGACGCACCAGGCGGCAAACCACGCAUUGAUGGAAAGAAAAAGACAAAUAAUGAGGCUGAAUGAAUUGUGUAAACAGCUGCGUUGUUUGGUUCAAGGACAUGAUCUCUGUAUUUUUUUGUUUUGUUUGUUUGUUUACUUGCAUGUAUUACAUUUCCCCUCUGUUGCAUAUGUCAAUACUGUAGAUAUCUGGAGUUGAUAUUUAUGAUAGAUUCCUGCAAUGUGUUAUGAGAUGUGUGGAUGUGUGGGCGAGCGAGCCUGACUUGCACUGAGAGAACCCUGUAUGUUUUCGGCUUGUGUGGUUGUGGGCUGGUGAAAACUGGUGAACUGAACCUUCAGAGUAUAAAUUUUAACCGUGUGAAGUCUGCACAUUCAUUUUUCUCCGAUAGCCUUAUUGCAUUGGCUUGGUGUGUUUUAAUUUGAUUUGUGACAUUUGAUGUCUCUUUUAAUUUUUUUCUUUCGUGGCCCAUAUGGCAUUAAUGUGACGGUUCCUAAUCCGGAGAGUCUUACCAGACGUUUACUAAUUCACUGUGGUCAUGAUUAAAAGUAGAUUAUUAAUGAUUAAUUUCUGAUCUUUCAUCGCUGGCCAUGUACAGACUGUACCCUUGAUUCCCUGAAAAAUUAUUAGAGAUGUGAAGCGUUUGAGUUCAGAGACGUAGAGUGUGAGGUCUGAACGCUCACACUGUCCCAUCGCUUCUUGGUUUAUAGCAUAAAUACAAAUUCAAAACAAAUAAAGCACAUUUGAAGCCCA